AUGACAACACUAAUGAUUGUCAUUGAUGACUUGCACGAAGAAUGUUGCGUGACGCUGUCUUUUGAUCUGUCUCUGGUUGCAUCGCGAAUCGAGAAUGCAUCGAAUGAUUUGACAAUGAAUUCAACAUAUUCGAAGCUUUUUACCUUUCCAUUUACUGUUUCAAAGGAAAAGAAAGAGGAAAUCCGUGUUACGUCCAACCUUCAAACUGAGAGAGAGAUGACAUUAUGGACCGUAAUGAUCGUUACCUCUUAUUGUCGUGUCACUGCAAUGUUGAUCCCGAGAUGUUAA